AUGUCAAAAGUGAUUGGCAAGACUGAAACCAUUCGAAUAGGAACCUUAGUUCAAAAUAUCCUUCAGGAUCUUAAACAAAAUGCCUCGUAUAGUAAGAGAGAUGUAGAACGGUUACGAUAUGUGUUGUGGUGGGCAGGGAGUGGCUACUCCCAAGAUGUCAGUGACAAUUAUUUGACAGAUCACAUUGUUGAACUAUUAGAGUUAUGCCAAACAAAAUUUGGUGAAUACAUUGAUGUCAUAUUGGUAGACAUUAUUGUGCUUUUGGCUAUUCGGUUCCAGUUGUUUGAUCAAACUCUGUUUUGUUUGUGGCAAACUAUUAUUGAUGUUCAAAUCAGUGAUAAACCUCAAAUAUGGACAAAACUUGUGGAAGACCUGUUAACCUUGGAAUCUAACUUCAAAUAUAUGUCACUAAUAUUACUUGGGAAAUCUUUGAUGGAGUCUGGGAAUGGAUCUCGGGAAGUUUUGGCCGGGAAGAGUUUUGUCGAAAAAGUUAGUAAUAAUGAUGCAAUUCUUUGUGAUUUUACAUGGUAUGCAUUGAUUAAGGGAUUAACUAAUCAUUUGGGUGCAAAGAGAUGCUUGCCUCAUUUUAAAGGGUUUGAAACAAGUAAUUACUUUAAUUCAAAGUGUGUUACAAUUAAUGGGAAGACUUAUGUUAAAGCAAAUAAUUCGAUUACUGCUUUAAACAAUGAAGUAUUUUAUGUGUGGGUGAAUAAUGAACUUAAAUUCUUAAUUGACGGUAGAACUCCUUUUGAAGCAGACUAUUUCUCAAAGAAUCAAUCAUUUACUCUUGCAUUCAAUGAUUCACAGAAUCCGGUUAUUAUGCUCCAACCAAAAGAUUCUGGGCUGCUCAAGAUUGAUGCCAAAAUAAUUAUUACAUUUCAAGUUAGUCGUUAUGACUUCUCUCACGUGGUGAAGCUAAUUAGUACAUUGGCUAAGAGUCACACAAGAGUUUCAGUCACCACUAAUCCCAUUUACAUAUCUGGAGAUACUGGUAAUUCAACCCAGUUUAAUUCAAAUUGUUCUAGAAGGAGACUGGAAGAAUUUAAAUCCGCUAUUAUUGACCAUUAUACCUCUUCUCCUCGCUAUGACGAUUUCUAUUAUAGUCGAAACCAAGAGAACAGUGAAGAGAUAGCUGCAGAGGAACUUUGGAAUGUAAGUCCCAGUCCAGUGGCUCUUACACCAACACAACCAAAUACCUUAGUCUUCAAGCAACACAAGAGCUCAUUAAAGGAAACGUUUUCUCAACGGAACGGAAUAGAAAGCACAGAUUUGAGCAAAAGUCGUCGUCGUUCAAGUAUCUCUAAAAAUUCUUUUCAAGCUGAAGAGUUAAACCAUAAACAGAUGUGCUAUCAAUCCGACAAUUAUAUGUCAGGCAAUGCAAAUUUACAGGCUUCAUUGGAAGAUGUUCCUAGUCAAAGUCAAAUUUCUAGCACACAAAUGCAAUCGAUUCCAGAUAGUGAUGUUUAUUCCAUAGAUUCUUCACACAACCCAAAAGGUAAUUCGAACCUGAUCAAAAGGGUAAAGCUUCACGCAACCACUGAAAAAAGAGAACAGCUAGAUAACCUAAGGAUGAUUAGCAACUUUGAGACAUCGACAGAAAAUGGAAGAAGUGAAGCAGAUACCUCUGGUAUGCGUGAAGCAAAUGAUAUAUCACUUAUGGAUGGAUCUUCUCCACUCACAAGUGUUGGUGAUGUUACGGCUUCUAAAGGUAUUAUACUUGAAGCCACUUCAACCAUAUCACAUGGAAAUUCAAGGGAUCCUGAAAAGAAAAUAAUGGAGGGUAUGCAAAUGAUUUUCCAAAGUAUUCAACAGUUUACGCAAGAAAUAACUCAUAGUAUGAAGGUUAUUCGAGAAUCAAUGGCUCAAACAGAAGUGGAAGUGAACUCAUAUCGAUUAAGGAUUCAAAAUGAAUUACAAAAUGAAGAGAAUAAAUAA